GUCUGGCGGGCCGGAUGUGACCCGCGGGCCGCCAGUUGGUGGUCACUGCCAUACACCAAAGCAGAUCCCUGGAUCAAUGUGCAACAUCAACAUCGAUGAGUGUGCCAUUAACCCGUGUCACAACGGGGGCACGUGUGUAGACGGCACCGACAGCUUCACCUGCCUGUGUCCGGAGGGCUACAACGAUCCCACCUGCUUGUCCCAGGUGGACGAGUGUGGCAGCAACCCCUGCAUCCAUGGACACUGCCAGGACCUCGUCAACGGCUACAAAUGUACCUGUGACUCUGGCUGGAGCGGGCCCAACUGUGACAUCAACAACAACGAGUGUGAGUCCAACCCGUGUAUGAACGGGGGGACCUGCAAGGACAUGACCAGUGGGUACCACUGCACCUGCAGGGCAGGCUUCACUGGACCUAACUGCCAGACUAACAUCAACGAGUGUGCCUCCAACCCCUGCCUGAACCAGGGCUCCUGCAUCGACGACGUGGCCGGAUAUAAGUGCAACUGUCUGCUGCCCUACACCGGUGAUAACUGUGAGACCCUGCUGGCGCCCUGCAGCCCAAGACCCUGUAAAAACGGGGGUGUUUGUAAAGAGUCUGAAGAUUACCAAAGCUUCUCCUGCAUCUGCCCCGAAGGAUGGCAAGGUCAAACAUGUGAGAUAGAUAUCAACGAAUGUGUGAAGAGCCCGUGCCGCAACGGUGCUAUGUGCCAUAACACCAUGGGGGGCUACCAGUGCAAGUGCCAGCCAGGUUACACCGGCCAGAAGUGUGAGACCGACACUGACGACUGCAAACCAAACCCCUGCAGUAACGGAGGUCUGUGCCGUGACAGUAUCAACUCUUUCACCUGCACAUGUCUGCCCGGGUUUCGUGGCGGCCGAUGUGAGCAGGACAUAAACGAGUGUGAGAGUAACCCCUGUAGGAACGGGGCAAACUGCACUGAUUGUGUGAACAGCUACACCUGCACCUGCCGGCCGGGCUUCAGCGGUAUCAACUGUGAGAUCAACACCAACGACUGCACCGACAGCUCCUGCUUUAACGGGGGCACCUGUGUGGACGGCAUCAAUGCGUUCACCUGCCUGUGUCUGCCUGGGUUCACCAGCAGCUACUGCCAGUAUGACAUCAACGAGUGUGACUCCAAGCCGUGCCUCAAUGGGGGGUCCUGCCUGGACAGUUACGGCACAUACAAGUGCACCUGUCCUCAUGGCUACACAGGAAUCAACUGUCAGAAUCUGGUGCGCUGGUGUGAUUCGUCCCCCUGUAAAAACGGAGGAACAUGCUGGCAGCAGGGGGCCUCGUACACCUGCCAGUGUCAGACUGGGUGGACCGGUCUCUACUGUGACAUUCCCAGUGUGUCCUGUGAGGUCGCAGCCAAACAGCAAGGGGUGGAGGUUGCUCACCUAUGCAGGAACUCAGGCCAGUGUCUGGAUGCUGGAAACACUCACUACUGUCGCUGCCAGGCCGGGUACACCGGGAGCUACUGCCAGGAGCAGGUGGACGAGUGCUCCCCCAAACCCUGCCAGAACGGAGCGGCAUGCACCGAUUACCUGGGAGGCUACAGCUGUGAGUGUCUACCUGGAUAUCAUGGUGUAAACUGCUCCAAAGAGAUCAAUGAGUGUCAGUCGCAGCCCUGUCAGAAUGGAGGCACGUGCAUCGACCUGAUCAACACGUACAAGUGCUCCUGCCCCCGAGGAACACAAGGCGUGCACUGUGAGAUGAAUCUGGAUGACUGCACCCCCUCCAGCGACCCCCUGACCAACGAGCCAAAGUGCUUCAACAACGGGAAGUGUGUGGACCGCAUCGGAGGCUAUCAGUGUGUGUGUCCAGCGGGAUAUGUAGGAGAGCGCUGCGAAGGCGACGUCAACGAGUGUCUGUCGGACCCCUGCGACCCCCAAGGCUCCUACAACUGCGUCCAGCUCACCAACAGCUACCGUUGCGAGUGCCGCACGGGAUACACAGGUCAGCGCUGUGACAAAGUGUUUGACGGCUGUAAAGGAAAACCCUGCAAAAAUGGAGGGUCUUGUGCUGUUGCCAGUAACACACCUCACGGCUUCAUCUGCAAAUGUCCUCCUGGCUUCACCGGCUCUUCCUGUGAGUACGACUCUCGCUCCUGCGGGGGUCUGAAUUGCAGAAAUGGCGGUACCUGUGUGUCGGGCCACCUGGGCCCCCGCUGCCUCUGCCCCCCCACCUUCACUGGGCCCGAGUGCCAGACCCCCACCGACAGUCUCUGCAUCUCCAACCCCUGCUACAACGGCGGCACGUGCCAGACCACCCCUGACGCUCCCUUCUUCAAGUGCAGCUGCCCGAUCAACUUCAACGGCCUGCUGUGCCACAUCCUGGACUACUCCUUCGUGGGGGGCUUCGGCCGGGACAUCAUCCCCCCGCCGGAGGUGGAGGUGAGCUGCGAGAUUCCUCAGUGUGACGAGUGGGCCGGGAACCACAUCUGUAACUCUCUGUGCAACAACCACGCCUGCGGCUGGGACGGGGGGGACUGCUCGCUGAACUUCGACGACCCGUGGCAGAACUGUUCGGCCGCGCUGCAGUGCUGGCGCUACUUCAACGAUGGGAAGUGUGACGCUCAGUGCAACAGCCCGGGGUGUCUGUAUGACGGCUUCGACUGCCAGGGGCAGGAGGGGACCUGCAACCCGCUGUAUGACCAGUACUGUAAGGACCACUAUGCUGACGGUCACUGUGACCAGGGCUGCAACAACGCUGAGUGUGAGUGGGACGGGCUUGACUGUGCAGAGAACAUGCCGGAGAAGCUGGCAGAUGGGCACCUGGUCCUGGUGGUCCACAUCCCCCCCGAGCAGCUGAAGAACCGCUCCUCAACGUUCCUCAGAGAGAUCAGCAGCGUGCUCCACACCAACGUGGUGUUCCGCCGUGACGCCAAAGGAGAACCCAUGAUCUUCCCGUACUACGGAAACGAGCAGGACCUGGUGAAACACAACGUGCUGAAGCGCUCCGCAGACGGCUGGCCGGAGUGGGCCGCCAGGCCCGCCUCCGUCCAGGGUCAGGUCCAGGAGAGCGUGUCCGCAAUGGUCAGCCGCCGCAGACGCAGAGAGCUGGACCCUGUGCAGAUCAAAGGGUCGAUUGUGUACCUGGAGAUUGAUAACCGUCAGUGUUAUCAGCAGUCCAGUGAAUGCUUCCAGAGCGCCACAGAUGUAGCGGCGUUCCUCGGAGCGCUGGCCACCAGCGGGAACCUGAACGUCCCCUACAUCGAGGCUGUCACCAGUGUGAGACCUGCCCCCUCCGGCUCAGAGCUCUACCCCAUGUACGUGGUCUUCCUGGGCCUGGCCGCUCUGGGUUUCGUUUGCCUUGGUGUUCUGGUGUCCCGUAAGAGGCGACGCGAGCACGGCCAGCUCUGGUUCCCUGAAGGCUUCAAAGCUUCAGAGCCCACCAAAAAGAAGCGCAGAGAGCCUCUGGGAGAGGACUCUGUUGGGUUGAGGCCUAUGAAAAACUCUGACAUCAAUCUUAUGGAUGACAAUCAGAACGAAUGGGAUGAUGAGGAUCCAGAAUGCAGGCGCUUCAGGUUGGAGGAGCAGGCCAUGUUGGAGCUGAGUGACCGUACAGAUCACAGGAAGUGGACACAGCAGCAUCUCGAUGCAGCUGACCUGCGCACUGCCUCCAUAGCACCAACUCCCCCUCAGGGAGAGAUCGAAAACGACUGCAUGGAUGUGAACGUCAGAGGACCAGAUGGUUUCACCCCCCUUAUGAUCGCCUCCUGCAGCGGUGGAGGGCUGGAGACGGGCAACAGCGAAGAGGAAGAGGAUCCCUCGGCUGAAAUCAUCUCCGACUUUAUUUACCAAGGCGCCAACCUCCACAACCAGACGGAUCGCACCGGGGAGACAGCCCUCCACCUGGCCGCUCGCUACGCCCGCUCCGAUGCUGCCAAACGCCUCCUGGAGUCCAGCGCCGACGCUAACGUCCAGGACAACAUGGGACGCACCCCGCUGCACGCCGCUGUGGCUGCAGACGCUCAGGGAGUCUUCCAGAUUUUAAUCCGAAACCGCGCCACUGAUCUUGACGCCCGCAUGCACGACGGAACAACACCGCUGAUCCUCGCCGCGCGAUUGGCUGUGGAGGGGAUGGUGGAGGAGCUUAUCAACUGCCACGCCGACGCUAACGCCACCGACGACUCUGGAAAGUCUGCUCUGCACUGGGCCGCGGCGGUGAACAACGUGGAGGCCGCCAUGGUGCUGCUGAAGAACGGAGCCAACAAAGACAUGCAGGACAACAAGGAGGAGACACCUACCUUCCUUGCCGCCCGUGAAGGAAGCUUCGAGACAGCUAAAGUUCUCCUGGAACAUUUCGCCAACCGCGAGAUCACGGACCACCUGGACCAGCUGCCCCGAGACAUCGCCCAGGAGCGCAUGCACCACGACAUCGUGCGCCUGCUGGACGAGUACAACGUGGUCCGGAGCCCAGGGCUCCACAGCGGGCCCCUGAGCACCUCCAGCCUCUCCCCCCCCCUCUGCUCCCCCAAUGACUAUCUCAGCAACCUCAAACCCAACCUCUCUGUAAAGAAGGUCCGUAAACUGAGUGCAGGGAAAGGAGGAAAAGACGGAGGUAAAGAUAACAGGAUGAAGAAGAAGAAGUCACUGGAUGGAAAGGGGAAUCUGCUCGAUUCAACAGGCGUCCUCUCCCCAGUGGAUUCUCUGGAGUCUCCUCACGGAUACCUCUCAGACGUAGCUUCUCCUCCCAUGACAUCCCCCUUCCAGCAGUCGCCUCCCAUGUCUCUAAAUCACCUCCAAGGCAAUGGGGAUCACAUGGGCCAGAUGAUGGGUAAAGAUAUGAGCUGCAUGUCUUUCGACCCCCCACGUCUCUCCCACAUGCCCGUCUCCAGCCCCAACAGUCAGGGCAGAGGGGGAGGUCAGUGCGACUGGAUCUCAAGGAUGCACCCGGGUGUGGGCCAGCAGGGGGGCUACAGCCAGCCCAUCUCCCACAACAUGAUGGGGGCUCUGCACGGGGUCAGCACGGCCACGCUGUCUCAGAUCAUGGGCUACCAGAACAUGCAGACCAGCCACCUGGUGAUGCAGCAGCAGCAGCACUCGCGGCAGCUCCAGCACCAGAACUCCAGCUCCACCACGGGGGGGCUCAACCAGAGCUUCCCCAGCGUGGAUCUGAACGACGGGCGCUCCAUGCCCAUCCUCACCGUCAUGCCGCAGGAGACCCAGAUCCUCGGCACUCAGUUCCUCACCCCCCCCUCCCAACACAGCUACUCUGGCCCCAUGGACCACACCCCCAACCACCAGCUGCAGGUGCCCGAUCACCCCUUCCUCACCCCUUCCCCCGGCUCGCCCGACCAAUGGUCCAGCUCGUCCCCACAUUCCAACAUGUCUGAUUGGUCGGAAGGCAUCUCGAGCCCACCCACGAGUAUCCAUUCACAGAUGAACCUGAUCCCGGAGCAGUUCAAGUAGAGACUUUUUUAAAAUGGACAGUGGGAAAAAAUUCAAAGAAAUACAGAAAGAGAGUGACAAACCUAUCUAAAGACCUUUUUUAUUAUCAGUUUUUAUACUAACGAUAAGAACAGUUUUAGAAAUGUUGUAUUUAUUUAUCUGCUUUUUUUUUUGAAAUAUAAAGAAGAUGCUUUUAUAUUUAUGCUUUUUUAUUUGUAUUUGUAUUUGUUAUGUAUGGGAAGAUUAGAAACUGUUUUAAAAGGAGUGUAUAUCAUAAGAAAAAAAGACUCCUGUACACUGGCUAUUUAUUUGUGUCUCGUGUUGCUUUGUUCACUGGAUCUAUUUUUAUCUUUGUCUUCACACAUGUUUUAUUUUUUGGGAUUUGCAUUGCUUUAUGUUUGUACAGAUUUUUUCUCCCAACUUUCUAUAGAUUAUUUUAAAAUGUUCAGUAUUAAUUAAUUAUAUUUUAACCUACUUUGUGUUUUGAAAUGACACAGGUUAUGUUACUGAACUACAUUUCACUAAGUCUUAUCACUGAGUCCGCGUUGGAUGAUAAAAUAUAUAUUUAAAGUGUGGCCUUUCAUGAUGUCGCUCGCUCUCACAGAGUAACGAAGGUAACAGAGACCUUAAAGCACAGAACAAAUAUCCCUUAUGAGUUGAGAGAUGCUUUUUCGAAAAGAGUUAAAAAUGCAUCUUAAUCAACCUGAGCCUAUUUUCGAUGAAGUUAUGGUGUUGGCGGGUAAUUGAUAAUAGAUAGUAUUAUAGUAAUUGAUUUGUAAUAAUGUAUGAUGCAAGAGCGUUUCUUUAUUUCAUAUUGUACUUCAAACCAGUGAUAAUGGUUACCAUGUUUAACCUGUAAAGUGUUCAAUGGCAGACCUGUCGUAGAACAUGUUACAUUUGCCACAGUUUAAAAUAGUGCCAGUGUGAUUGAGUUUUUCCUAAGAAAAGCAACAUAUUUGUGAGAUUUCUUGAAAAGAAAAACGUCUUCGAAGUGAAGAACAUAGUUUGUGAAUGAAAUGGGGACCUUUGUUUGUGUGUUUGAACACACCACCUGCACUUUGUGUGGUUUAAGGUGUCUAGAUGUCACGUUUUAUAAACUAAUUCAGAGAUACGAAAGAUGUUUUUAAGAAAAGAUGUAAUUCAAAAUCAAUGUUCAUGCAAAGUUGUAGUUUGCAAAGAAGUAUUUCCUGAUUUAAAAAUGUUUGUAAAAAUGAUCUUGAUUCAAUAAAAGUUG